GUUUUCACGUCAAUUUUUAACCUUCAAAAUCUCUCUCUCUCCUUCGUAUCAUACUAUAUUAGUACUACGAGUACCCACCUCUCUCUUUCACCUAACCUUCUCUGUAUCCCUCUCUACUCUCUAUAGCCAUUCUCUACUCUCUCUCUCUCUUUCGCUUUCUAUCUCCCAAGAAAAAAUGUCAGUCAACCAUUACUCCACAGACCACCACCACACUCUCUUGUGGCAGCACCGCCACGCCACCGACACAUCGGAUACAACCACCACCACAGCCACGUGGCUCAACGACGACCAGAAAGAGUCACUCUUCGAGAAAUCUCUCACACCAAGCGACGUCGGCAAACUCAACCGCCUCGUCAUACCAAAGCAGCACGCGGAGAAAUACUUCCCUCUCAAUGCGGUCCUCUCCUCUGGCGCUGACACGUCGACGGAGAAAGGGAUGCUUCUUAGCUUCGAAGACGAGUCAGGCAAGUGCUGGAGGUUCAGAUACUCUUACUGGAACAGCAGUCAAAGCUACGUGUUGACCAAAGGAUGGAGCAGAUUCGUCAAAGACAAACAGCUCGACCCAGGCGACGUCGUUUUCUUCCAACGACAACGUUCUGAUUCCCGAAGGCUCUUCAUUGGCUGGCGCAGACGCGGCCAAGGCUCCUCCUCCGCCGUGAAUACGACCUCGUAUUCUAAUUCUACGGCAGCUCCUCCUUAUCUCCAAAUCCACCACACCUCCAGUAACAAUUACUCUAAUCCUCCUUCUCAUUCAGAGUAUUCCCACUAUGGCGCCGCCGUAGCAACAGCUGCGGAGACUCACUCCAUACCAUCGUCUUCCGCCGCUGUAGGGAGCUCCAGGACGGUGAGGCUUUUCGGUGUGAAUUUGGAGUGCCAAAUGGAUGAAGACGACGGAGAGGAUUCCGUCGCCGCCACGGCCACCCCCGACGGUUACUACGGCCAAAACUUGUACUAUUACUACACUCCUCAUCCUCAUAACAUGAAUAUAGCUUUCACGGGGGAUACGAUGAAGCAGCUUGGAGAUGGACAAGGAUGAUGAGAUCCAAAGAAGUGACAAGAAUUUCGAAAUUGACUUAAAGCUUCUAAAUGGGCCCAGAUUUUGCGCAUUCUCUAUAGCCACAGAGGCCAAAUUUCUGGAAAUUGUAUGCAAUUAUCUCAUUAGUCUUCCGUACUGUAUAUGUAACUAAUUUGGGAAAAAGAUAAAAGAAAUCGCUGAAUUUUAGGAAAAGUCUUUUUUUCUCUUCUCAUGCUGAUGAAUGAUGUUGAUGAUGAUGAUGUAUUCACACACAUGCAUCAUGAUGUAUAGUUGUACUUGUCUAAUGAUGAUCGAUCUUUUUUUUUCUUUUCUUUCUGGUGAAAAGAUGAAAUGGGAAACUGAC